AUGGCCGCGGUGCCGGCGGAGCGGGAGCGGCCCCGCCGGCGGGAGGAGCGGGCCGGGGGCACGAAGCGGCGGCGGCGGGAGGAGCCCCCUCAGGAGCCACCGGAGGAGUCCCGGGAGAGGCCGGGAGAGACCCCGCGGGAGCCCCCGGCCGAGCCCGGGUACCUGGCGCUGGCCCGCGGGCUGUUGGCCGGUGGCGCCCCGGGCCGCCGCAGCCCGGAGCCCGCACGGCCCGCCGGGGAGCCCGCGGGGGAUGGAGCCGGAGAUGGGGACGAUCUCCUGGGGCAGCUGAUCCGAGACCUGAAUGAAAUCAAUGAGGUUCCUUUUUUCGAUGUGCAGCUGCCUUAUGAGCUGGCACUGAAGAUAUUCCAGUACCUGGGCAAGGCUGAGCUGGGAAGGUGUGCUCAGGUCAGCAGGACAUGGAAAAUCCUUGCAGAAGAUGAAGUGUUGUGGUACCGGUUGUGCCAGGAGGAGGGAUACCUGUUGGACAUGAGCAUCUCCGACCAUUCCUGCUGGAAGCUCGCCCUCAAAAACUGCAGAGCCAGAGAGCACAUGCUGAAAACCAACUGGAAGAACCGCGUGGGUGCCGUGAGCCAGCUGCGCUACGAGCCCGGCCGGGUCCUGUGCGACGUCCACUGCUGCGACGGGGUGGUCAUGGCUGGGUACAGCUCUGGGGAGGUGAGGCUGUGGGACACACGCACCUGGGACUACACAGCCCCCGUGCUGGCAGCAGUGGCAGCCCCUGCAGGGGCUGGAGCCCCGCCACACGUCUCCUUUGUGAGGAUAAACAACUCCCUGGCCGUGGCAGCCUACGAGGACGGCAGUGUCAGUGUGUGGAGCCUGCUGCUGGGGCAGGAGCCCAUCCAUCACUUCCAGCACAACCAGCGCAUCCAGGCCUUGGCACUGGCCCCGGCCGGCCCCGCGCUGGCCACCGCCUCCGGCUUCCAGGUCAAGGUGGAGAGCCCCGAUGACAAAGGAUUCUGGCAGACCCCAGCAACCUUUGAAAUCCAGAAAUUGGUCAACUUCCUUAAUCUGGUUCCAGAUGUCACGGGGAGCCCAGUGGCAGUGGCAGCUGCAGAGGACAUUGUCUAUCUCCUGAAAGCAGAAGAUCCUGGCAAAAUUCUCCACUCUGUCUAUGGUCAGCCCGUCACCUGCCUCGAUGUGGCUGCUCACGAAGCAGCUUUUGGCAUCAAAAGCUUUGGCUGGUUAUUGAAUGAGCCCAACCAGAUCCUCAUUUACAACCUGGAAACAAACCAGUGUGUGACCAAGGUGGGCAGCUCCAUAGGUGACUUCUCAUGUGUCAACCUCCACAGCAGCCCCCCCAGCAUGCUGGUGGCAGGCAACAGGGACAGAAGGGUGAGGGUGUUUGACCUGCGGCGCGGCGAGGCCGUGUGCUCCGUGUACGGGCACCAGCUGGGAGUGUCGGCGGUGCAGAUGGACGAGUGGAAGGUGGUCAGCGGAGGGGAGGAGGGCCUGGUGUGCGUCUGGGACCAGCGAAUGGGCACCAAACUCUGGGAGAUGCACGCCAGACAUCCAGUCCGCCACGUGUGGUUCAAUUCCCACAGCCUGAUCACUGCCAACAUCCCCGAGGAGAAGAACCCCCGAGGCUCCAGCAUCAGCGAGGACGACCCCAGCUUGCACCGAAAGUACCGUGGGGUGAUUUAUUCCUACGAGUUCUCUGUGGACCAGCUGGCUGUGGACAGCGUCCUCCCCAUCUGCCGCUCCUCCUACGACGAGGUGACGGGUUACAACUACAACAUCGGCCUGGCAGUGCCCUACGACAGCAUCUAGGGCACUCCUCGGCUUCUAGGGCCAGCCAGGGCCACAGGCAAAGGAAAAUCCAUGUGGGACAAGCAGCCAAAAGCUGCAGAAAGCCCGGGGAUGU